AUGAUUGUUGUUCAUUUUAAAUUGAUUAAUGAAAAUAAUGUAUUCAUAGAACCAAAAGUUGGAAUUUCAGAUUAUGAUUUAGACGAAGAUGAUAUACGAGUAAAAUACAAGAACUUCGAUUAUAUUUUAUGUGAGAAAUGUAAUAAAAAGUAUCAUUAUAAUUAUUAUGAUAAGUGUUUUGAUAAAGAAAUAAGAGAAUUAAAAGAAUUAUUCUCUAAAUUACAAGAUUAUGAAAAUUUUUAUUUCAAAGAAAAAAGAAACGAAAGAAUGAAGAGAAUUAAAAGAAUUAAAAUCUAUUUUAAUAUGGAAAGUGAUAUUAUUGAAAAAAAGCGUAUGGAAUUUGGAAAAUGUAAAGAAUGUCUUAAGAUACAUAAGAAUAUGGAUGAAAAUCAAAAUAUAGUCAGAAAAUACGGAUUAUUAGAAUGGAUUCCAUAUGAUAAAUUUACAAAUAUUGAAUUCAUUGGUAAAAGAGGGCUUGCAAAAGUAUAUCCAGCUAUAUGGAUAGAUGAGUCAAUUAUAAAAGUGGAGUCAAUUCUCUAA